CUAAAGAUACAUUGCCGAGUUCGUUGUUUGGGGUCAAGUCCAGUAAGCUGAAGCAUGGCGGUGCCCGUUAACACGUCUUCCGAGCUGCUAUCCGUCACUGGCGAUGGAAGCUCCAGAAGUGUGGUGGAGAGCCUUUUGAGGCAGCCCAGCAGUGUACCUCAGAGAGAAAAACCAAAGACCUUUAAGGUAGCAAGGAGUCCACUGCUGGACCAGCUGCAAGCCUUCUUACCGGAGUUUCAGCAGUCCACUGAUCUGCUUUUAACACAGCCCCAGCAGCAGCUGAACGACCUCAACAUCGAAAAUACUGAGGAAGAUGGCAAAGUGAUAGAGAUGAACCUGCUAGUAGGGCAGCGAGAAUCAAAUGACAGUGAAGAUGAGGAACAUGCCCAGGCUUCAACAGGAGAGGAUUCCACUGACAGUGACUCAGAGGAUAAUCUGCUGCAUCCAAAGAAUCUGCACUUGCCCAUUACCACCCUGGAUGGCCAACAGCGAAACCUCAUACAAGUGUUAUCUGAACGCACAGAGGAGGAGGAGCAGUCUGAUGGUGAGGUGACAGUGGCAUCCUCAGGCUCAGGAGAGCGGUGAGCAUCAGCCACAGCACAUAGUCUUCACUGCAGGACAUAUUGUGUUCAUAUGCACCUGAAGUACAUUAUUUACAUGUACACUAUUUGCUUCAUAGAAAAUUGUGGAAAGGAAAGGAGUUCAAAAAGAAUAUAAAAAUGUGUAGUUACCUGAAAAGGCUAAAAUAUAUGGCUAAAAGCUUUCUUAUUUGUCCUCCCUGUAGAGGAAUAGCAAGGAGACAGAUAAUGAGACACAGCAAAUAUGGACAGUCCUGAGUAACACUGCUAAAUCUAAAGUGUGAGAUAGUUAUGAGUAUAUGGAGCAAAGUGUGAGUUGCUGGAUAAAGUGAUGAUUACUGUUGUUUGUCUUUGUAGUAAUAACUGCAGUGGAUCAUGCAGACUAUAGCAAGUAAUGAUUCUAGAAUGAAGGAUGCAGUUGAAAAGAGAAGAGGUGUGAAUGAGAUAAUAUAAUGGAGAGGAAAGUAAUAUAUAUAUAUAUAUAUAUAUAUAUAUAUAUAUAUAUAUAUAUAUAUAUAUAUAUAUAUAUAUAUAUAUAUAUAUAUAUAUACACACACACACACACACACACAAGAUGAGAGGAAAGGAGGCACUGGUGUAUGCCAUGGAUGUAAAGCUGUGGUGAUGUUGCCUAUUGGAGCUGUUGAGUUGCAGUCCAGCCAGCACCUUCAGGUGUAUGACUCCAUUAACCUCAUACCAGAAUAAUAUGUAACUGACAAAUGUGUUAAAAUAAAAAGUCUUUGUGUUAUUUUCAA